AUUUUACGAAGCCCGGCGGUGAUUGGUCGAUUCAAAAGAGAUUCCUCCUCGAUCAUAUGUUUGUUUGGGUAGUUUUGUGUUGAUGGGUGACGGGCCGCUCGGUUUAAUACUCUUAAGGAGUUUUAGUGUUGUCACAGAUUCGUAAUUUUAUUCGCAACCAUGAAGGAAGAUGACCAUUUUUAUGAAUUAUUUCUUCAGUCUAAAGAAAAAUAUGGAAGGCGGGAUUAGAACAGUUUGAGGAUCAUUUUGUUUGGCUCGGGGAAGCUCUAGCUGCUGCAAAGCAGUCCUUUGCACAUACACAUCAAGUAUUACUUCCCAAAACCCCAGCAACCAAAAAGAGGGGCCGACCAAAAAGGGUAGAAGAAUUUACCAAUUCAGAUGAUGAAGUAUCGUUAAGUAAGAGGUCACAGACAGUAAGCAUCUGUCCGUCUGAAGAUCCUAGCCCAGUGUGCCCUCCACCAAGGCAAGGGAGAAUGGCUUCAAGGAUUGCACAGGAAAGAGUGACAAAGAGUUUUAAGGAAAGCACAAAACGUAAGUAGGACGGCCGUCUACCCCUGAAGAGAUCUAUACAGUCAAAAAGACAAGAGCCACAAGGCAAAUGGAUAAAUCCAAAAAUUUUGAACUUGAACAGUGUACCUUAGCAGCAAAGGUGGAUGUAACUAUUGGGAAACAAGAUCCAGAUGUAUUGCAUAAUUCUGGGGCAUACAAAGAAGAUUUAAAGGAUAUUAUUACUGAAGAGUUAAAGAAAGAAAGCUUGUUGAAUAGCAAGAGCUCAGGAAAUGAAGACACACCAAAAAAACUUAGCACGUGCAAUAGAAGGAGCAGUAGCAUAGGGAAAAAAUUGAUAUAUACUUCAUCUGAUGAAAAUGAUAAGACUGAUAUAGUUUCUCUAAAAGUAGAACAAAAUGAAGCUACUAAAAUUGACAAAGAUGAGAAAUGUAGUAGCUCAGAGGAUAAUCAAAGUAGCCCAAAGAAAAAUUCAGUAUCCUUGGCCUCAACACAGAACAGAGACAGCGGAAUAGAGGAAUGUCAUGAGGAGCUGAUUUUGAAAAGAAAGAGUAUAGUAGAAGUAUCUAAUACUUCUCGGAGCAGGAAUGACAACACAAUAAUAUCUAAAACUUUAAAUGAUUUAGAAAUAUAUGAAGUCAGAAGUGAAAAGGAUGACUUAGGCUCUCAGUCAGAGCCUGUUCCUAAAAGCCAUGCAGGUCACACAAAACAGAAAAUUGAAUCAAGUUCCCAAAACUUUCCAGUUCCUAAACCCAGAACAACACGUACUAAACAGCGUAUUGAGUCCAGGACAGACACAGAUGAUAGCGACAGUGGUGUAAAUAUAGUCACAUGCAUAAAUCCUCAGAAAAUCAAAAUUCUGAAAACAUUAACAAACAAUGUAUUGAAGAUAUGCGCCCACCCCCAGAAAUCCCCAAGGUACGAUCCACCCGAACUAAGAGGAAGCAAGAUGAGUCUUCUAGUGCUACUUGUUUUGAACUUCCCAAUAGUAGCUUGAAGGUAACCAGUGGACAUUCUUCAUCUGACACAGAAUUAGUAGAUGGAAACACUUCUUCGCAAUCUACAGAUUCAUUUAUUCCUCCUGAAGCUCCAAAGAUGAGAAUCAACACGCACUAAGAAAAAACAAAUGACGG